AUGAACGGAUACGAAUACGGACAAGAACCACAAGGACCACCACCAGGUCAAAAUUCAUCAGGCAUGCCAUGUCCAUUUGAUAAUCAAUCAAUAGGAGAUAUGCCAAUGCCGAUGCCGAUGCCAACUCAAGCAACACCGUAUCCAAAUCAGCCAGGGAUAUAUCCAUAUUUAACGGCACCAUAUCCCGCUCAAUCAACACCGUAUCCAAACAACUCACCUACACAUCCAAGUCAACCACUACAAGAUCAAUCUAGUGAUCCUGGUGAAGCAAUUUUGCAACUACCUCAACAUGCAUAUCUACCUUCAGCACCUUCUCGUCAAGACGAUCCAUUAGCAACAAGCACACAAUUUGUUAGUAAAUUAACACCAACUGUUUUACAUAACCCAAGUUUCAAUGCUCUUAAUGAUGCCGAAGCUUUACGGAAAGCAAUGGAUGGCUUUGAAACAGACAAGUAUGCCAUUAUUUCAAUAUUGAGUGAUCGCAAUAACAAACACAGACAAAAUAUUGUAAAUAGUCUUGAAACACUACAUGGAAGAGAUAUCAUAAAAGAACUAAAGUCUAAGCUGAGCGAUAGAUUCAAGGAUUUAAUUGUUGCGAUGAUGACACCAAUUAUUGAUUAUUAUGUCAAAGAAAUUCAUGACAGCAUUUCGGGAAUUAGUACAGAUAAUGACGUACUUAUUAUUAUUCUUUGCACAUUGAGUAAUCACGAUAUUCACCAAAUACGUGCUAGCUAUGAAAACAAAUAUGGCAAAUCGUUGGAGAGUGAUAUACGUAGUAAUACAUCAGGCCACUUUCAGAGAUUAUUGGUAUCAUUGUGUAAUGGUCAACGUGAUCAAAGUUCACAAACUGAUAUAAAAUCUGCAAAAUCAGAUGCAAAAAGACUUCACAGUGCUAGUACUUGUCACUUGGGAACAAAUGAGUUUGAAUUCGAUUUUAUUUUUGCUCAAAGAAAUGUACACCAAUUAAGAUUAAUUUUUCAAGAAUACUUAAACCUAUAUGGCCAUGAUAUAUCAACUACAAUUAGUCGUGAAUUUUCUGGGAAUACCGAAGAGGCCCUUCUUACAAUUGUGGAAUGUGUAAAAAAUAGUGCUUUGUGGUUUGCUGAGCAAUUAAAUGACUCGAUGUCUGAAAAAAAAACAAAAGAUCAGAAAUUAAUUUUUAUCUGUGUUACACGUUCCGAAGUUGACAUGGGAGAUAUUAAAGAAGCCUUUUAUCAAAAAUAUGGAAAAACUCUUGGAAAACGCAUUUCAGAGAAUACAUCUGGUGACUUAAAAGAAUGUCUCAUAAAGCUCCUCAACUUAAAGUCUGAAAAUAACAUUAAAAAACCCACAAAUCGAUUUUUGCCCGACGAUUACAUGCUAGCACAGUAA